AUGAACGCCGCGGAAGCGAGUGAAAUUGUACACUGUAUGAGCGACGAGGAAGACCAGCAGAUGCAGGCUGCGAGGUUUCAGGCGCCCGACGGGGAAGAUGCCGAGAAUUGGGCGCUGCAGUCCGUGGCUAGUGUCCUGCAGCGAGUUCAAGAAGCUCCGGGCGAUGAAGUGAGCGUGGAGCUGCUGGUGCGUCAACUGGAGCGACUACCAAAAGAGGCACGAGCUCAACAACUUGUUCGUCUGCUGCUCGAGUCACGAGAAGAAUCCAUCCCGAAACAUGCUGUACUCGGUAUUUGGGGCAAGCUAAUAUCCGGAAAUAAAACCAGGACGUCAGGAAAAGCUAGAGCGAAAAGUGCGGCCAACAUCCCCAUCAUUCGUAGUCGGUUCCUUGAGUCAAAACGAAAGCAGGCAGAGUGCGAUCUCAAGUUACUCCAGAAUCGAAUUGCAUUGCUUCAGCAUGAAGAAUCGAAAGCUUGGAAAAAAAUUGCGCAGACAAAAGACCGAGCACAAGAAAUCCUCGAAAUGCGCCUAGCCACGUUGCAACGUAAAGAAGAAAAGUCAAUGCACCAAAUAGAGCUCGAACGACAAUCUCGAUCCGCACAGAAGAAGCAGAACGGGCUCAAGAAGGAGUCGGUGAUUAAGAAGAAGCACGCAGCCAUUCAGAUUAUCUCCAAGAAGUAUCAAGAUGUAGAGCAGGUAAAGUCAGAGAGCAAACGACUAAAAGCAGAGCGCGAGCGACUGCAGUUGUUGCAAGUAGAAGACGCACGAGCUAAGCGUCAGGCGAUCAGACGACAGGAGGACGCUCUCAAAAAGAAAAAGCUACAAGAACGUCAGCAAGUUGAUGAAGUUGCAGUCCUGCGUUUGAUGAAAAAGGCUAUAGCAGAGGAGCGACAGAUUCGGGAGCAUCGUAAAAAGGUAAAAGAGAUGGAGGAGGCUGAGCGCUCGUUGAUCCAAAGACUACAAGGCACUCAGUUGAUACAACGAGAAGCCUACUCUGUACUUGAGCAAGCUCUAUUGCGAACUGAUCUCAAACGUGCUCAUUCGGUCGCUCCGUUAGGAGACAGAUGA